AUAAAAGAAGAAGCCUCUAAAACCGAACUUGUCUCUGUCGAAGCCCCAAGUACUACAAAACCCCAGAGUUACAUAGCUGGGUUGCAUGUAGAAUCAAAUCCAAAACUAUCCCUUUUGAAUUUCCUUCUCUUCUUUGCUUGUGCAUCCCUCACUUACAACACCUUUGCAAAUUUAAUUUUGCUAUAAAAAAGGGUUUUUGGUUCAGGCAUUUCAUCGAACAAGUCCCAUGCAUUACAUAGAAACGCCAAAAACGUAUUCAAGGAGUGAUCUUUAUCUGUAAAACGAAAAUGGGUGAGUGGUUGAAGAACCAGUUGUUCGUAAGCCAUGCGAUUGCAGCAGUAGGAUCGGUAACAGUUGCCACUGCUGUCACUUACCCGCUUGAUACUAUCAAAGUGCUUAUUCAGGUUGGUUCGAAUUCUGGUAAACAAUUAACAUCACUUCAGGCUUUAAAUAGAGUUCGUUCUUUAUCUGGGAAUUCAGGCUUGUAUAGCGGUUUUGGGUGGUUGACUGUAGGCAAAACUCUUGGCCUUGGAGCUCGGUUUGGAGCCUAUGAAAUUUUAACUGCUUAUUGUAAAGAUGGUCGAGAAUACAGCUACGUGUAUGUCUCUGAGGCCCUUAUGGCUGGAAUGGUCGCUGGUGCAUUGGAAUCACUUGUAUGCUCUCCAUUUGAACUUAUUAAACUUCGUGCACAGGUUACAUCUGCAUCUCGAGUUCCAAGAUCAACCCCUGUUACUGAAAAUAGAGCUGUUGCACCCAUUAUUGCUAAAUUACUACCUGGACAUACUCCAGAUAAGAAGGCAUUGAACCAUUUUGUUACCCUUUUAUCCACCCUAACCAGUAAGCAUCCAAAUCUGGCUGGUGCCUUGCUAGAUUACCCAUGGAUGAUGACUGGGUCUGGGAAGGCGCCAUCAGUCUGUGAUGUUCGGAAGCCAUCAAGCAUCAUCUCUUUGGAAGGAUGGGGUGCACUGUGGAGAGGGAUCAGAUCAGGACUUGUUCGAGAUUCUAUUUUUGGUGGGGUAUUCUUCAGUGGCUGGCAAUUUAUGCACGAUGUAAUGCUUAACUGGAAGGCAGUUGGGAUGGAUCCUAUACCCAGGUCUAAUGAAGAAGUCGGCUCACUCUCUCCUCUAUCUGUUAGUCUUGCUGCUGGAUUUUCUGGUUCCAUUGCUGCAGCUGCAUCUCAUUGUUUUGACACUGCCAAAUGUCGAUCACAGUGCACAGUGCUACCCAAGUAUAUUUCUAUGGAGAGGAACUUGUUGAGAUGGACACGACCAGGGAAUAGAUUUGAGAGGUAUACAGGGAUCCACCCUGCAGACAGGAAUAUCUUGUUUCGUGGCCUGGGGUUGCGAAUGGCUCGCAGUGGAUUUGCAUCGUUUAUGAUUGUUGGGAGUUAUUAUUUGACGGUCAAUUACCUUGUUUCAGAGGGACCCAAGAAAAGAGGAUCAAAAGAGAACAAGUUGUUAUAAAAUCGCCUGGCUGAGUCCAUGUUCACUGCGAAGAGUUUCUCAGCGCAAAAUGAACUAUUUACUUCUGCAGCUUGGCAAAGCGGUGUUCGAGGAAAAUGAACCGCUCGCCUAAUAUCCAAGUUUAAAAAAGAAUCAUUAAACUAUCCUUAUAAAAAUAUUCUUCAAAACUGCUUUAUGUCCACGGUAUUCCCCCUUCUCUGAUUGAGGAAGAUUUCAUUAUAUUGCAUUUUUGCCCAUGGAAUAGCUUCAAGAUUUCAAAGCAACUCCAGAUGUAUGCAAAACCAUCAAGCUAAAUUGAUAAAUUGUCUCAAACUGAAUAAUUUUUCAAUGAAACACCUCCUUUUUUCCUACCCAA